GUCAUCGGGCGAGUAGGGAACUGUAACCCAGGUAUGUCAGACGGCCAUUUUGUUCCUGGUUUGACGAACUUAGCAUUGCAGUAUAUGGGAAUUCGGCAAACUUUAACCGCGUAUAUCUUCAAAACCGUGCAUUUUUACAACUUUUUCAUAAUAACAUUUUUGAAAGAGAAUUGAACGAGCUUUCCAAUGGUAUGCUACAUGUAUCAAUUGAAAUACAUUUAAUUAUUUUGAAUUUCAGUCAUUUUUCAGCACUUCAUUUUUGAGUUAAAAAUAGUUUGAAAUUGUGUGAAAUUCACAGCAUGUGCUCUAAUUCAAUGAUUACUUUCAUUCUAUGCCAGAAAUUCCGUCAUGAAAACCUUGAAUCGAAAAACAACAAUUUUUUUUCGUGAGGAACAAAAUGGGAGUCUGACAUACCCGGGUUACAGUACCUUACGGGCGAGGAGCCUCAAAAGAAGCUUGAUGAUCCUUGUUUGUGUUUGCAUUAAUUUGAUGAGAUUUCGUGGUUGUUUUUUAUAAAUUAUAAUUCAGUCAUACACCCAUUUAGGGUAUUUUAACCUAUAUUUUUUUAGUGAAUUCUUUGUGAUGUUAUGUGGAAGUAGUGCUUGUUUUGUAUCAUUUGUGUAAUGUAUAAAAAUCUCCGAAAAAGUUGCGCGAAAUAAUGUGUUUCAAUUCGAUGUAUAUACUUGUGCGAAACACGUCCCUUUUUUUAUUGUUAUCAUGAAAAUAUGAAGUGAUUUAUGUAUAUUAGCAUCGUUCAUCUCUACAUUGGUUGUUAUCUCUAGUCGUUAGCAGAAAUCUAACGAAAAUGGCAUCGGAUAAAAUCAAAGUGGCCGUCAGAGUUAGGCCUUUUAAUCGUAGGGAAAUGGAAAUGGGUACUCAAUGUAUAGUCGAGAUGAAAGACAGACAAACCAUUCUCCAUCAACCGAUGACAUCUGAUAAGAACGACAGAAAACCUCCUAAACCGUUCGCUUUCGAUUGCUGCUUCGAUUCAAUUGAUCCUCAGAGUGGUAACUUUGCUACUCAACAAUCUGUAUUCGAAUGUAUAGGUGAAGAUAUUUUAGAUAACGCUUUCCAAGGAUACAAUGCUUGUGUUUUCGCUUAUGGACAGACCGGUUCUGGUAAAUCGUACACAAUGAUGGGAAGUAUUGACAAUAAAGGAAUCAUACCCAGACUAUGCGACGCUCUUUUCGACCGAAUAGCUAAAAAACAAAGUCCAGAGUUGACUUUCAAAGUUGAAGUCAGUUAUAUGGAAAUAUACAACGAAAAAGUUCGUGAUCUCUUAGAUCCUAAAGCAAACAAGCAGUCUUUGAAAGUCCGAGAGCAUAAUGUUCUCGGUCCAUACGUCGAUGGAUUGUCUCAAUUAGCUGUCACCGCGUACGAGGAUAUUGAUAUAUUAAUGACAGAAGGCAAUAAAUCCAGAACCGUAGCAGCAACAAACAUGAAUAGCGAAUCGUCCAGAAGUCACGCGGUAUUUUCCAUAAUUUUAACUCAGAUUUUAACCGAUUCCAAGUCUGGUGUUUGCGGAGAAAAAGUCUCACGUAUGAGUUUAGUCGACUUGGCCGGAAGUGAAAGGGCCAUUAAAACCGGUGCCAUAGGAGAAAGAUUAAAAGAAGGUUCCAAUAUUAAUAAAUCAUUAACUACAUUAGGUUUAGUCAUUUCAAAAUUAGCUGAUCAAUCUAGUUUCAAAAAUAAAGAUAAAUUUGUACCGUACAGAGAUUCGGUUCUCACAUGGCUUUUAAAGGAUAAUCUAGGAGGUAACAGUCGAACGGUUAUGGUUGCUACGAUCUCACCAGCUGCCGAUAACUACGAAGAAACAUUGUCCACCCUACGUUACGCCGAUCGAGCUAAGCGUAUUGUCAAUCAUGCUGUUGUCAAUGAAGAUCCAAAUGCUAGGAUCAUCAGAGAAUUACGUCAAGAAGUCGAAGCUUUAAGGGAAAUGCUUCUGCAUGCUACCGGUUCAUCAACGCAAGGAGCUCAACUUAUGCAACGAGAACAUUUACACGAGAAAUUAAGCGAAAGCGAGAAACUAAUGAAGGAAAUGUCUCAAACGUGGGAAGAAAAAUUAAUUAAAACUGAACGUUUACAACAAGAACGUCAAGAAGUCUUAGAAAGUAUGGGUAUUAGCGUUCAAUCGUCUGGAAUUAUGGUGGAAAAAAGUAAAUAUUAUUUGGUGAAUUUGAACGCCGAUCCUUCGCUCAAUGAGAUGCUGGUGUAUUAUUUGAAAGACAAGACUUUGGUCGGAUCGGAGAAAGGAGAUAUACAAUUAUCAGGGCUUGGUAUUCAAGCUGAGCAUUGUAUUAUUACCAUCGAAGAAGAUGGAUUGUUCAUGGAACCUUUGCCGAACUCCAGGUGUUAUAUUAACGGCGUCGUUGUCAAUAGUAAAGCCUUAUUGAGACAUGGAGAUCGAAUAUUGUGGGGAAAUCAUCAUUUCUUCAGAGUAAAUUGUCCAAAAUCAGUAUUGUCCGAGCCCCCAACACCAGCUCAACCUUUAGAUUAUAAUUUCGCCCGUGAGGAGUUCAUGUUGAACGAGCUUAGCAACGAUCCUAUACAGACUGCUAUUGCUAAAAUGGAAAAACAGCACGAAGCAGACAAACAAGUUGCUCUAGAAAAACAACGCCAAGAAUAUGAACGCCAGUUUCAGCAUUUGCGUAGUAUUCUAUCUCCUUCGACUCCAUAUUCGCCUUACGUACCUUACGAUCCUUUUAGAGCGGGUAAACUGACCCCUUGUACGCCUACGUCGCAGAUGAGGGUUGAAAAAUGGGCUCAAGAACGAGAGGAAAUAUUCCGCAAGAGUAUCGGUCGAUUAAAAGAAGAUAUCGUCACAGCGAAUUCCUUGGUACAAGAGGCCAAUUAUCUUGCCGAAGAAAUGGGCAAACAAGUCAAAUACAGUGUCACAUUGCAAAUCCCUCCGGCUAAUUUGAGCCCUAAUCGUAAACGUCGCACAUUCGUCAGCGAACCGGCCAUCUUGGUUAAACGUAAAGGAAACGGAAGUCAGGUUUGGUCGAUGGAGAAACUGGAAACGAAACUGGUCGAUAUGCGAGAAAUGUUCGACGACUUCAAACGAGGGUUCAAUAACCCCGAGUACUUGGAAAACCUGAAUCAGUCGUUGGAUCCAUUUUUCGAAAACCAAGAGAAUCAUAAUUUGAUCGGCGUAGCGAACGUAUUUCUGGAGGUUUUAUUCCACGACGUGACGCUCGAUUACCAAACUCCGAUUAUUAAUCAACAAGGUGAAGUUACCGGCCGAUUGCAAGUGGAGAUUGCUCGUAUUGGCGGUACUUUCCCUCAAGAUAGAGUUUGCGAAGCUGCCUCCGAGAGUUCCGGUGAUAGCGAACAUAACGAGGCGAAUGAAGACGAUGCUGCGUCCAAUACGAGAGAGAUUACGGUUAAAGUCAGAAUUAAGCAAGCGUCCGGGUUGCCACCGUCCUUAUCUAAAUUGGUAUUUUGUCAGUACUCGUUUUGGGGUGUUGACGAUAGUAUCGUUGUACCGUCCACUGGCGCAAGUGACGUACCGACGUCAUUUAAAGAUAAUAUUAUAUUCCGUUUCGAUCAUACGAAAACUUUUACCAUUCCUGUUACCGAAGAAUUCAUCGAACAUUGCGCCGAAGGAGCGCUUUCUAUUGAAAUUUGGGGCCAUCGUGGUGCCACCACCAAGUCUAAACCCGCCUGGGUUGUUGAGCAAACUCAGCUCGCCAAAGCUAGAUCUUUGGCCGAUAGAUGGAGCGAGUUAACGCGUAAAAUCGAGCUUUGGGUUGAAAUACAAGAGCUUAACGAUCAAGGAGAGUAUUCACCGGUCGAAGUUAACGUUACCAAUAAUGUCCUAACUGGAGGUAUUUACCAUUUGAGACAGGGUCAACAGCGUCGCAUACAAAUCUCCGUGAAACCGGUUCAGAAUUCCGGAACACUGCCUAUAAUAUGUGAUUCGAUUACGAAUAUCGCCGUCGGUAGUAUUUUGAACAGGAGUCGUCUACAAAAACCCUUGGACUCGUAUCAAGAUGAAGAUCUUAAUAUGUUACGCGAAAAAUGGAGCGAUGCUUUGAUGAGACGAAGACAAUACUUGGAUCAACAAAUUCAGAAUCUUCUUAAUAAGCAAAACAAAAAUGAACAAGACCACGAACGCGAGCAAAGUUUAGUCGAGCAAUGGGUUAGCUUAACGGAAGAAAGAAACGCCGUCCUAGUACCUGCCGCCGGGUCAGGUAUUCCUGGAGCUCCAGCUGAUUGGAUUCCGCCCGUUGGAAUGGAACCUCAUAUUCCCGUCUUGUUCCUCAAUUUGAAUGGUGACGACUUGUCAGUCAAUAAUCAUCUGUGUGAAGCCAGAGACUUGCCUGUGAGCGGAUUGAACUCGAUUUUGUCCAAAGAACAUGGAAAGAAUUUCUAUAAUUUGCCCAUAAUUAAGUAUUUCGAAAAAGACGUGUGUGCCAUUGCAUCGUGGGAUUCUUCGGUGCACGAUUGCUCUCAUUUGAAUAAAGUCACCGAUAGUAACGAACGUGUGUAUUUGAUUUUGAAAACAACCGUCAGAUUAUCUCAUCCAGCCCCGAUGGAUGUUAUUCUACGUAAACGUCUGUGCAUAAUUAUUUACAAAAAGCAAAGCUUCACAGAUCGUAUUAUGAAACGUAUUGUUAAAUCUGAUUCAAUCACCAAGACCGGAGUAACCUACGAAAUCGUCUCAAAUGUUCCUAAGGCCAGCGAAGAAUUAGAAGAGAGAGAAUCACUGGCACAGAUCGCAGCUUCCGGAGAAAAUACAUCGUUGGAUGACGGCGAAACUUAUAUAGAAAAAUACACCAAAAGUGUCAGUGCUGUUGAAAGUAUUCUUACAUUGGAUAAACUUCGACAAAGUGUCGCCGUCAAGGAACGAUUACUAGCUCGAGGCAACAAUAAUAAUGCCGCCGAUUACCAAAGUGCUGCGAUGAGGAAAACAGCCAGCGUUCCUAAUUUCUCUCAGAUUAUGCGAUUCGACAGUUUCGACUUCCUUAGCCCUGUCUGCAACAAGAGUAUUAGCAAAUCCGAAAGCGUCAUGGAUCUGAAUUCGGAUACCAAGCAAAACGAAUCUACGUCCAAAGUGAAGAAAACCAAACCGGAUACGGAUAUUGUUCCCACGAAACCAUUCGGCGCUAUAGACCGCAAAGGCUCCAUAUUAUCAGCUCGACCUACAUAUUUGAAUUUGAAUGUGAACUUGAAUGCUAUUCGUCUUCAAACUGGGUUAAAAUGUUCUCCUAAUGCGAAGUUGGGUCUGCGAAUGACCACGUUGCACGAAGAACAUUUCGGUGCAGCGGCUUCGGACGCAGAGCAAACCAGCGAAGAGAGUUCGGCCGAAUGUUCUUACACCAAGACUCCGGUAAAGCCUCAGAAGCUCGAGUUGAAUAAUAUUAAUACCGUAGGCCAAGAUGACGAUAAUCAAGAUAAUUCGGAUGAUCAUAAGACGGAAAAGCUGCAAAGUAACCCUAGUUCGGCGUCGGAUUCGGAGCAAAAUGCCGAAACCGAGUUCGCCAACAAUAAAGCCCAUACACAGCUGCAAACUCCUGGGACUUCUUCAAGCGGAUAUAUUUCAGAAGCAUUUUCUACCUCUAAUCUUACCAAUGACGAUUCCCUAUCGAUUAAGAGUAACGUUGGAGAUUUUACUCCGGAUAAGGAGCUCGAUAACGGGGAUGAUUCUAAUCUACAGGAAAGCAGUUUUGAUCAGACAAUUGAUACUAGCGAGCUUGAUUCUACUCCUAUGUGUGAAAGCACCAGCACAACUGAUGGAGAUAGCACCAUACCCGAUGAAAUCAUACCAGAUUGGAUCGUGGUCGGAGAAAGUGUUCUGAUUCGACCCUAUAAUUCAUCCGGUGUUAUAUCGUUCAUCGGUGGUACCGAAUUUGCCGGCGGUAUAUGGAUAGGAGUCGAGCUAGAUGCUCCUACUGGUAAAAAUGACGGAACUGUGCAAGGCAUAAAGUACUUCGAUGCUAAACCCAAACAUGGUAUUUUUGUUCGAGCUGAUAAACUUAUACAAGAUCGCAGAGGACGAGCUAUGCGGACGUCGUUGGUCGACAAGAAUGUUAAAGGAGAAGGACUGAGCCGAUCUCGUGCCAAAAGCAAGUCAACCAGUCGAUUGGUGAAAUAGCGCUUAGCCCAGAAAACCGUUCAUUUGAAUGGUCGAACUUACAGCUGUCAACGAAAACAUAAUUGUUCAUAAAUGCUGAUUUCCUUCUCCUCUCAUUGAUUUUCCUUCUCCUUCUCUCCCGUCAUUCUCCUUUUUUUCUUUUUCGAUAGGCGUAAUUAUACACACUUGAGAUUUACCUAUACCUACUACUAUAAUAAUUUUUACAUAAUUUUUUGUUAUAGCCAGCUUGGAUUUUAUUUUCAUACUGGACAAUUCGAUUCUUUUUUAAUCUGUUUAAUUUUAUAAACGUUGCAAAAGGAACACGAUGGGAUGGCUUAUAUAUAUUUUUAUAUUUUUAAAAACCACUCACAGUCGAACGGGCUUAGUGCAUUUUUACCACACAUUAUUUGAAUCGUGAGACGUAUUCACUUAUUUUAUUUUCAAUUUUUUUUCAUGAAGUCAAUUAGAGAAUGACCAAUUUUGACUUGACUUAAUUUUUCAUACAUACUUAUCGACAUGAAUAUAAAAAAAAUUCAAAAAAGCGCACAAAACUUGAGAUAUAUUAUAUAAAAGUGAAGCUACAAAUUAGUAUAGGAUUUACGAAUAAAUAUUACGACAAUUAUUAGAGAAAAUAGCUCAUUUUAAAAAGCAAUAUUUUUAUAAAUAUUUUUUUUAAAUCGACCGAAAUGUUUGUUAGACGCGUAUGCGAAUCGAAAUCGAAAUUGUUCGCGUAAAAAGAAUCACAAAACGAUGUGUAAAUAAGUAGUUUAUAAAAAUUUUCAAGUAAUAUGCCAUCCAAUUAUCCUGCCAUUAUGUGUUUUGUGUAUACAAUUGAUUUUUUAAUCGUAAUUUUUUGAUUCGAUUUGUUUUGUGACCUAGAAAGGUCGAGAUUGGAUGUAUUUAGUUAUUUAAUUCCUUAAUGGGAGACGAGUUGCACUUGAAAAUGUUUCGCUAUGUUCACUAAUUUUGAAAAAAAAAAAACAAAAUCGCCUCGGAGUUUUUUAAAUUUAAAAAUAAAGAUCACUGAUCACUUACAUUGAUUUCACAUUUGAAAUGAAACUAAAAACAUUCCGAAUUUUUCCUACAUUUUAUUUAAUUAUUUUAUUUAUUUAUUUUUCGUUAAUCGAAGUUACGUACAUUACCUGACCAUGUAAUAUUGGUUGUAGAAGGUAAUUCUUUUUUUUUUUUUGUUUUUCCUAUUCAUCUUACAUUCCAUUUUACAAGUUUAAACGAAUUUUAUAUUUAAUUGGAGAUACGUUUUUAUUAUGUGUAAUUGUGUACUAAUUACUAUGUAAUUUAUUUUAUAUUAUUUUAAAACGUUUUCGUGCAAUAACUCGCAUAAUUAGUGAUUCACAGUUACCAUUGUAAUAUGUUUUACGUGAGUACUACGCUCGAGUACUACGAGUCGAGUAUGUUAGUGUGAGUGUGUGUAUAUUGUUCGUGUCUGUCUCUGUGUACAUUAUGACGAUAUUUGUGUUUGUUUCGAAGUUUGAAGAAAAAAAAAUCGUAGGAUUUUAGUAAAAGAAAAAAGUGAUAGCUGAGCACGUGUAGGUGUAGUAGAAACCGGAGGAUUUUUAGAGAAUUACAAAAUAAUUUCAAAGUGUAGAACCGGUUUUGGUAUAUUUUCUUUCUUAUUUUCGCCCUUUCUUUCUAUCUACGCACCGAAUAACGCAAUCGAAUUUUUUUUCUUAAUUCAUUUUUCAUCGAUAAGUAGAUAGGGACGGUGGAGGAGAUGCUGAGAAUAUUCGGCGUAUCUCAUCGCCUCGAUCCCUUAGUGCUUUCAUUAUUAUAAUUAUCUAGUCAAAACUUAAUCAUCAAAAUAUUUGUUAUUAUUACGGAAAGCGUUAUUACGAGAAUGAAAAUUGUACCAACAUUUCUUUUCUUUUUCUUUUCUUUUUUUUUAAUCACUAGGAAAUUUUUAAGCAAUCACUUACCAGAAUGGUGGAAUUUCUUAAUGACCUUUUGCCAGUUUUAUUUUUCUCUUAUUUCUCUUCUCUUUUUUCGUACAAAUAUAAGGACUUGUUUUUAGCAUUAUUACUAUUUUAUUAUUACUACGAUGAUGAUUAUUAUUAUUCUUAAAUUACGUACUGUAUUAUUAUUUAUUAACGUGUUUUACAAGCCUUUAUGUACGCGUGUUCGAUUUUUUGUUUUUGUUCUGUUUUAUUAUUUUUGAUUUUUUUGGUUGAAUUUUUAUUUUUUCUUUCUUUCGUCCUUUGAUAGCACAAAUUUGUUCGCAGUUAGCUUCGAAUCGCGAGUGAUUAGGUAGGCUCGUUGGGUAGAUGGCGGAGUUGUUCGCGUUGGCCAGUAUGAUAUUAAUUGAAGAAUUUUACGCGAAUAUGCUAUGUUACCUGCUCAUCGAUGAGAUUAGCUAGAAUUUUAGGCUAUUACGUAUAAAGUUUUUAAAAAAAUCAACUGUAGUUGUCGUUCAUUUCAUUCAAAUAAAGAAUUGCGCAGCCGAA